AUGAGCCUGAGUCACUUACACCACAAGAAUCGACCAGAGUAUACUCCAGGAUGUGCAAAUUUCCCAGAAUUCCCCCGGCUUCCUCAGUCGGUUCUGAAGGCAAUGUAUAUGACUGGUUUCUGGGCACAGUUUCCAUCCCUACUCGGUCUCCGCCGUCUCGGAGGCAGAGUUGCAACUGCUCAACAGAGGGAAGCAAAAAAAGCCUUGCGGGUGUUCGGUCUAAAGGACAGAGUCCGUCCGCCUCUGGUGAUUUGACCCCUCCCAGUCUUGACGCAAAGACUGCUUGUCUCACCCCCCCUCGUACGACGCCCCCAACGUCUCAUGUACCACUCGGCGAAUGCCCCCUCACCUCCUGUCAGCCCAAACCUCACGUGCUCACGUCUUCUGUCAACGCAGACUAGCAGAUGCUGCCGCAAAGACACACACAACCGCCCAGAGCCUCCGGCCCCAGAGCUCGACAAAGCGUAUGAUACACCUUUGCAGAGGCUGAGUUUACAAUGA